AUGGAGAGACACUACUCGCUAUGUUUUUUUGUGCUGUUAUCGGUUCACUGUACGAGCUUAGGCAGCAAUAUUACUGUCAACGAUCAAUCUUCAAUUCUUACAAUAUUGAAAUCCCACAUCACUUCAGAUCCUUACAAUAGUCUUACAAAUAAUUGGACCACUAAAACCUCUGUCUGCAGUUGGAUUGGAGUCACUUGCGAUCUUCGCAACAAUAGAGUGACCGAGUUGGAUAUUUCCGAUAUGGGUCUUGUAGGCACAAUCCCAACCGAAAUCGGGAAUCUUUCUUCUCUGGUAUCUCUAGAUAUGAGCGGAAACUUGUUCCACGGUCAUAUUCCUCGAUCCAUAUUCAAUAUGUCAAGAUUGGAAACUAUUUCGUUACAGAAUAAUAGCUUAUCUGGAAACCUGCCUGUGGAUAUUUGCAGCCAUGGUAGUCUACAAAGGCUACAAGUGCUUUCUCUGUAUCAAAACAAUUUAUAUGGAGAAAUACCGUCGACGUUGGAUCAAUGUGUGCAGCUUCAAAUAUUAGCUUUAAUGCUCAACAACUUUACGGGACAUGUGCCGAGACAAAUUGGGAACAUCACAGGGCUUACCUCGAUUUUCCUUAGUUUCAACAAUUUGGACGGUACUAUUCCAGAAGAGAUUGGUAAUCUUAAUCAGUUAAAUAUGUUGUUCAUGGGAUUUAACAAGUUGACGGGUUCAAUACCUCCAAGCAUUUUCAACAUAUCUUCGUUGGCAAUUAUCUCCAUAUCAAAUAGCAGUUUAUCGGGAACUCUGCCCGUUGACUUAUGCAGCCACGGAACUAUCGACCCAGAGAUCGGGAAACUGAAUAGUUUGACUGGCUUAGACCUUUCAGAAAACCAAUUUUCAGGUCCAAUCACUCCUGCAAUCGGCAAUUUAUCAAAGUUGAAUAUUUUAUAUCUUAAUGCAAAUAACUUUUCUGGAACAAUUCCAUCCGAAAUAGGGUACUUGAACUCAGUGACGUAUCUUCUUCUCGGUCACAACCGAUUAAGCGGCCUAUUAACAAACAUUAUUGCAAACUUAACAAGUUUGCAGUUUCUCUUGGUGGCGAAUAACGAAAUUUCAGGUAAUAUUCCAUGGGAUUUGUUCACAUCCAAUAUUGUUGCCAUUGAUCUUUCCGAUAAUUUAUUUGAAGGGCCAAUCCCGCAAUGUUUAGGAAACUUGAGCCGGUCACUACGAGUUUUGCAUUUGAGGGAGAAUAAUUUUCAUGGUACUUUACCGACAUUUUCAAAGGGUUGUCUUCUUGAGUCGAUUAAUAUGAAUGGGAAUAAAUUGGAUGGAAAAUUACCACAAUCUCUCGUCAACUGCGGAAAUCUACAGGUUCUUGAUAUUGGAAAUAAUCAAAUACAAGAUGUAUUUCCCUUUUGGUUGGAAACUCUUGUUGAGCUUCGAGUGCUUGUCUUGAGAUCGAAUAGAUUUGAUGGUACAAUAUUGCAGGAUUCAAAUAAUGAGCUUCCGAUUCCCAAGUUGCAAGUUUUGGAUAUAUCCAAGAAUAAAUUUAAUGGUUCUUUGCCCGGUAGAUAUUUAAACAAUUUUAGAGCCAUGAUGGAUGUGAAGGAAAAUGGAACCGAAAAAGGAAAUUGGUUUUCGAACUAUCAAGAGACAAUUGUAUUUGUUUUGAAAGGUUUGGAGCUUCCAGUGGUGAGAAUCUUGACAACAUUUACGACAAUUGACUUGUCCGAUAAUAGAUUUUCAGGAACUAUUCCACAAAACAUUGGAAGUCUUAACUCUUUGAGAUACUUGAAUUUGUCUCGUAACAACAUCACAGGGAAUAUACCAGCAUCUCUUGGAAAUAUGAGUAUACUUGAAUCGUUGGACCUGUCUUCGAACCGAUUGGUGGGGCAAAUUCCAUUACCAUUGACAAAGUUGACGUUUCUUUCCAAAUUGAACCUUUCAUUCAAUAAUCUUGGUGGGCAGAUACCUCAGUCAGGCCAAUUUGCUACAUUUGACAACAGUUCGUAUAUGGGAAACUCGGGUUUAUGCGGAUUUCCAUUGACAACAAAGUGCAAACAGGACGACAAUGUACAAACUUUGGUUCCAGAGCUACCACAUGUCGAUGAUGAGUCUGGUUUUAUUGAUGGUUUUAGUUGGCGAGCUGUGGUUUUGGGGUAUGGAAGUGGGUUCGUACUUGGGACUACAAUUGGUUAUUUCAUUUUUCGGUAUGAAAGACCAAAAUGGUUUGUGGGGUUGUUCUUCAAUAUCCAGGAUAAGAUAAAUGGAAAAUUGAAAAGGAAGACGGCACGGCGAAAAACUUGA